AUGAUUUUACGUGUAUACGCCCUUUACGGCCGUAGCCGUCUCAUAUUGGCGUUUCUCUUAUUUUUAUGGGUUGCGCAAGUUACGUUAUCGUCCAUCGGAAUGAGGACCGGUUUCGCUGUUCCACUUCCUCCUGGCUUCGUUGGUAUAUUCAUUGCCGUCAUCAGAUUUCAUUCAGUCGUAUAA